UACUUGCUGCACUAUCAAUAUAUAAAUACAAAGCUUGACCUCAAAAUCAGUUCAGUCCCCAAAAUUGUUAUAGCCCUAAGAAAAGAAGAACAUUUGCUUUAGCCCUUAUUUUCCCUAAUGAGUUCUAUCAGUGAAAGUCGUGAAAUCAAGUACUCCAGUAGAGGAAGAGAAUUGCAAGGUCCUAGGCCUUCACCUUUAAGGAUUAGCAACUCUUCACAAACGAUUAAGAAAUCAUCACAUCAUCAGCCAACUCGAAGCAGCAAGCAGCUGGUUAAUAAUCCUGUUGUAAUCUAUCUCAGGUCACCAAAGAUUAUCCAUGUUAGGCCGGAGGAGUUCAUGAGCCUGGUGCAACGCCUAACAGGGAAGGACUCAACGAACGAAUCUUGUAUUAACCUGCCGUCGUCGCCAUCAUCAUCUUCUUGUGACUUGGUAGGGGAUGAUGAAUCCAUGCAGACCACGACAAAGAGAGAUAAUUUGUUUGAUGCAGAUCAAAUGAUGAAGACUUUGAAUGAGGUUGAUUUUGCUGAUCAAGUUCUUGGACUGUCUCCUACUUGGUUGCGUUUCUUAGGUUGUGUAUAAAAACAUAUGUUCCAAUGCUAAUCAUUUCUUGUUAGAAGUUAAUUUCACCUUGACACAUUUGAAUAUACAAAAAUACUUUAGGAUUUCCUUAACUUCUUGUUAGGGUUCUUUUUAU